AUGUCCGGUAUCCACGACGGCUGGACCAUCACACCAUGGACACGGCAUGACGACCUCUCCGUACCCAUGUUCCACAAGACUCACGUCCCCUACACCCCGUUACCAAACAACCUGCAGCAUCUUGAGGUCUGGGUCCCAGCAGCAUACACGUCACAAACACACGCAGAAAGCCUCCCGGCAUCGUGGCUCCCGCCCCCAAACACCACCUGGGUAAUCUACAUCCACGGCGGCGCAUGGCGAGAUCCACUCGAGACGGCAGCCGACUUCACGCCCGCGCUGCAGCACCUCUCCCCCGAAGUGUUUGAGAGCAAAGCACCCGUCGCAUUUGCCUCCAUCAGCUACUCGCUCUCAGGGUACCCGGGCCACUCUACCUGUCCGAGCUCGCCGUCCGAGUACAGCCGCAACGUCAGGCAUCCCCGGCAUGUGCUGGACGUGCUGACAGGGCUUUCGUUUCUCCAGCAAAGGGCUGGCUUUGGGAGCAAUUACAUCCUUGUUGGCCACAGCUGCGGUGCUACGCUGGCGUUUCAGGCGGCUUUGCGGCCGGAGAGAUGGGGCGUCGACAGUGGCAGAGCGUUUGUGGAGGCGCCGAGGAUGGUUGUUGGUCUGAAUGGGCUGUAUGACUUGCCGGUGUUGGUGGCGGAUCCGGGGGAUGGAUAUAAGAAGUACUGCGGUGUGUAUGAGGAGUUUGUGAGGAGUGCGUUUGGGGAUGACGAGGAGCAGUGGAGGGUGGUGAGUCCUGUUUAUGUGGGUGAUUGGGCGGGCGAGUGGCCUGGCGGGAGGCAUGUGUUGCUUGUGCAGAGCCGUGAGGAUACGUUGGUGCCGUUUGAGCAGAUGGAGAGGCUGAGGGACGGUUUGCUCAAGUCUGGGGGUGGGAAGUUGAGUGUUGAGGUGGUGGAGGGAUAUGGGGACCAUUAUGAUAUUUGGAAGUAUGGCAAGCAGCUUGCUGGGGUGUUGGAGCGGGCUAUCGACGUAUUUAGAUUGUAA